GAUUGCCGUGGUCCUCUAAGCUGGGCGCGAACGACCGAAACCCUCACCCUCUUUGAAGAAAUUAUCCCCUCAUUUUACAAUCAAUCAAAUCGCAAUCGAUCUUUCCAACGCAAAUCAUGGCACCUUUUGUUCACGAGAAAAAUUCCCCGGAGCGAUGAUGAUGGGUACGCCCGGGGAAAACGAGCUCUGGUCGUCACAGCAGUUUUGACGAGCAUUGCUGCUGUCAUAGUCGCCAUGCGUUUAUUUGCACGACUGAAAUUGAUGAAAGCUACUGGGCUUGAAGACUGGUCCAUUCUGAUAUCUUUGGUCUUCUCUAUCAUAUACCUUGGCCUCGUGGCUGCACAAUUCCAUUUCGAAAUGGGUGUCCACUCUGAUCAAAUUGCCCCCCACAUUCUGCAAGAGCAACUGAAGUGCCUAUGGGCUGCAAUCCCUAUGUACAACGCCAGUCUAGCAUUCACCAAAUUUUCCAUUCUUUUCCAAUAUCUUCGCAUCUUCCCCGCUCGCUCUUUCCGAAUCGCCUGUCAUGUCGUCAUGGCUAUUGUGGCUACAUACUCAUCUUGGGCUAUUGUUAGUGGCUACGUCAACUGCGUGCCCGUGGCCAAGUUCUGGGACCACGAUUUGCCGGGAAGCUGUCUCAACUUCGAAGCAGUCUGGUUCUUCAACGCAUCGAUGAACAUUGCAACAGAUGUGACCCUUCUCAUCUUGCCUAUGCCCUUGCUGGUGCAACUCCAACUUCCGCGUGUUCAGAAGAUUGCUCUAAUGGGUGUCUUUGCUAUGGAUAGUAACGUUGGAGCUGCUUACUGGACCGCUGCAGAGUGUAACGUCGCCAUCAUCUGCGCCUGUCUUCCCUUCCUUCGGCCCAUUAUUAGCCGCAUCUUUCCCAAGCUGCUCUCUACCAACAGUCAUAACCGUUACACCACCUACGGACAAACCAUAAAAACCGCUACAAAAGACGCAACUGCCAGUCGCUCGCCUCGCGUUGAGCUAUUCAGCCAAAACAUGGACAAGGACUAUGACAUGUACUCGAUCAAUGUCAAGCACGGUGACCGCUCAAGCCAUGGCUCUCUUGGGGGCAUUGAGAUUACCACUGAGAUGACCGUCUCGCAAGAGACAACCAAGCUUGAUGAUAGUGCCAGUGAAAAGCGCCUGGUCUCUAGCCCAGUAUGA